AAAAGGCCGAAAAACGAUAAAAACAUCAAAAGUAUAAAGUGUCAGUUGAAGAGUAAGAAAUUAUCUCCAGUCUGUGAUAUUGGUAGUUUAUGAAAUUGUUAUCUCAAAUUAAUGACUUGGUAUUAAGAGGGAUUUUCACCUUGUUGGUUAUCUAUAUAAAAGACAGUUGUGGGUGUAGCGACAGUUAAACACUAUAUAAAUAUAGGAGCCAAGAGAAAAUCCAACAGAAGAAUAAUCAUCGCAGACUUCAACAUGGAAUUCCCUUUGAUAUGUGUUUUAUCCAUGCUUUCUACGGUGCUGGCUUUUCCACCAUUUGCUGGAUAUUAUUUCCAGGGUGACAGUGAAUCGAGAUUACAACAAUGUUCUUCAGCAUCUAAACCAUGCAAGAUUCUGGUAAAACAAGUUUCAAAUCAGGUUAGCGACCAUCGCAUAUUCACAAGCCCUAAUAUAUGUAAUUGUGCUGGUGGAACGUGUCCUUUAGAAUGGGACGAAAUGCCGGAAAAUACCAUUACAAGAUAUCUUAGAUCAAAAGAUCGCUUCCUUUCCUUACAAAUGAAAUUCUGUAGUCCAGUAGCACCACAAAGGAUGUGUCGUGGUAACGAAACAGCUCUUGUUGUUAAAGGUCAUAGUUUAGUACCUUCUGAAAUCGUGGAGUUUAACUGUCGCUGUUUUGGUAACCAUCCAUUGAUCAUCAGCAAAGCGUGGUACCAAGGUUAUAAUGAACGUUACCAAGAAUAUGUUUGUGAGCUGCCAAGAUGCCCCACUGUUGACUCGCAAUGUAUGAGCGUUUCCAAUCAACCACCUAGAGUUAGAGAAACAGUAUUUGAAUGUGAUUGUGGAAGAAGUCGAUCUUGUAAAGCUGACCAUGGUAGACGGACUGCACUAGAAGAAUCCAAGGGCUACUGUUCAUUAUAUUGAGUUGUGACAAAUCCAAAUGUGAUUCUUAGAACUUCUAUAGAUACGUCUUUUAAGACAUAACACGUCUCUUAAUUAGAAAUCAUUUCUCUGACAGAAUGUAUUUUACAGGAUAAUUUACGUGUUGAUUUAAUAAAUCAUGACAUGUGACGCAAAUUAAUUAUUUUUUACCCGGCCUUUUUAAGUCAAGAAAAAUUUUGGAACAUUUCAAUCGGAACACAUAGUAUCGUUGCAUAUCACACCCACUGCCAUGGUAUAAUAACUUGCUCUGUUUUCUUAAGCACUGGUUCCAUACGGACUUACCUACAAUAUUAUCGUUACUGAUAGCCAUUACUUGCCUGAACAGUCAGAUUAGAGCAUAUCAGAAAUUAUCUUCAUAGACGUUUACAUGUCGUUUUAAUUAGAUUUAUCUUUAAGUCUUGUUAUUUAUCAUUGUAAAUUUAAUAAAUUUUAUAAUACUCA